AUGGAUCACGAAAGCCACCUGUUGCUCGUGUCGUUGACGUUCGUCUUGAUUUCACUUUCUGAGUUUGUACAAGCAGAUUGUGUGGUAAAAGGUGUAAGAUACCAGGACGGAGACUCUUUUGAGCCAUCCUGCCGUGAGCAAUGUAUUUGUGUUGGUGAUGCGUACGCCUGCACGUCGACCUGUCCCCACGAACUGUUCAUGCCAUCGCUAGACUGUAUCGAUCUGCAACUGGUCUCGAUAUCUGGACAUUGUUGCAAGGAGUGGAUGUGCCUGUCAGCGCCGUCCCAGAGGCUCCAAGAAGAAACUUACUGCAAGGACACAGACAUGGAAUGGAGUGAAUGUUCUCGUAGUUGUGGUAUGGGCGUAGCAACACGUGUAAUCAAAAGGCCUGGCAAAGACUGUACGCUAUCGACAGAUGUUAAGCUCUGUCAACUGAGGCCGUGCUUCACAGGAGAUUUAAAUUCAGACUACAAGUUUUUUGAGUCGACUUGUGAACCAACAGUAAAGACUACAAAUCAAGUGACUCUUCGUUAUAUUGGAUGCACUAGCGUGCGCCGGUUUGCCGCUAUAUAUUGUGGACGAUGUAAAAAUAAGUGUUGCACGCCCUCUGUGGCAAGAACGUUGAAACUGGAUAUGUUGUGUCCCGAUGGAUCAAUACAGACUUAUGACUAUCAACAGAUUAUUCAAUGUCAAUGUCGACCGUGUUGA